AGGCAAAAGUACACUCAUGGCUCUCAGAGGUGCUGUCACUCGCCUGCUCUCCAACAGCCAAAAAUGUGCUGCUGUCACUGUGUGCAGAGCUCAGGGCACAGCUGCUACAGCUGUCAAAGAUGCUGAAGAAGUCAAAAAGCCGGCGAAGGCACCCAAGGUGGCGUUUGACUGGCGGGAUGCCCUGAAUUUGGAGGGUCAGCUGACAGAGGAGGAGAUCAUGAUCCGGGACUCCUUCCGUGACUACUGCCAGGAAAAACUCAUGCCCCGCAUCCUUAUGGCCAACAGAAACGAAC